AUGGCGACGCAGCUGCCCUGCUUCACGCAGCUCACCCCGCCGUCGCCGGGAUGGAGAAACGAAGCCGGGAGCCUCGGGGCUGCAUCUGGGAGGGCAUUGGUCAGAAGCGUUCCAUUUUCAGGUCACUCUCGCUUCAGGUGUCGCGCAACCCCACGCAGCGCUAACUCGUUUCAUAAGAAAGACUCCUUCCUGGACCUUCACCCGGAGGUGUCCCUGCUCCGAGGCGAGCAGAAUGACGAGGCUAUUAACCCAAGGAAAGCUUCUUCUGAUGGGAGCACGUUGGAGGGGCUGGGGGUGCCGCCGAGCCAGGACGAUUACAACGCUGCCAAGAUCAAGGUCGUCGGAGUCGGGGGUGGGGGUUCGAAUGCUGUCAACAGGAUGAUUGAGUACUCCAUGAAUGGUGUCGAGUUUUGGAUCGUCAACACCGAUGUCCAGGCGAUAAGGAUGUCCCCGGUGCAUUCCCAGAACAGGCUGCAGAUUGGGCAGGAGCUCACUCGGGGAUUGGGUGCGGGUGGGAACCCUGAUAUUGGGAUGAAUGCCGCCAAGGAGAGCUGUGAGUCCAUAGAGGAAGCACUUCAUGGUGCUGACAUGGUUUUUGUCACGGCUGGAAUGGGUGGAGGAACUGGAACUGGAGGUGCUCCUGUAAUUGCUGGAAUUGCCAAGUCCAUGGGUAUACUGACAGUGGGUAUUGUCACAACGCCCUUUUCAUUUGAGGGGAGGAGGCGUGCAGUUCAGGCUCAAGAAGGAAUAUCAGCCUUGAGAAAUAGUGUGGACACUCUCAUUGUCAUCCCAAAUGACAAGCUGUUGUCUGCUGUUUCUCCAAACACUCCUGUCACGGAAGCAUUCAACUUGGCUGAUGAUAUUCUUUGGCAAGGAAUUCGCGGUAUCUCUGAUAUCAUUACGGUUCCUGGGUUGGUUAAUGUAGAUUUUGCAGAUGUGCGAGCCAUAAUGCAAAAUGCAGGGUCAUCUUUGAUGGGUAUAGGGACUGCAACAGGCAAGUCAAGAGCAAGAGACGCCGCUCUUAAUGCCAUUCAGUCACCACUGCUAGAUAUUGGAAUUGAGAGGGCUACAGGCAUCGUGUGGAAUAUCACUGGAGGAAAUGAUUUGACUUUGUUUGAGGUAAAUGCUGCAGCCGAAGUAAUCUACGAUCUAGUUGAUCCAAAUGCUAAUCUGAUAUUUGGUUCUGUCAUAGACCCAUCACUCAAUGGCCAGGUUAGCAUAACAUUGAUCGCUACUGGCUUUAAACGGCAGGAUGAAGCAGAAAGCCACACCGCAAAGGGUGGCCAGCAAAUGCAAGGAGACAAUGGUCGACAUCCAUCUUCCACAGGUGGCAGCAAGGUGGAGAUCCCCGAGUUCCUUCGGAGGAGAGGACCUUCUCGCUUCCCGCGAAUUUGA